AUGACAAAGCCGUUUCAGGGAAAGACUGCCAUUGUCACGGGCGGCUCGAGAGGGAUCGGUGCAGGGAUUGCCAAAGAACUCGCCCGGAGCGGCGCAUUUGUCGUUUUCUCCUAUGCUUCCUCUUCCACCAAAGCCAACGCCGUGGUAAAGGAAAUCGAAUCCACCGGAGGCAGAGCUCUGGCGGUUAAAGCAGACUGUACAGAAUACAGCUCGGCUAAGAACUUGGUUGAUGCUACGGUUGAGGCGUCCGGCGGCAAGAUCGACAUCAUCGUCAACAAUGCCGGUUGCGGCGACGAUGUCCUUCUCGACCAGGUCGAUGAAGAAACGUUCGACAUGACGAUUUACACCAACUUGCGCUUCCCGCUCACCUUGAUCAAAGAGGCAGUGCCUUUUCUCCAGCAAGGCUCGAGAAUCGUCAACGUGGGUUCUGUGGCGUCGAAACUCGUCAGCCCUUACAGUCAUCUGUACUCCGCCAGUAAGGCAGCACUUGAGGCCGUGAGUCGGACCAUCGCAGCCACCCUGGGGCAGAAGUAUAGCCUGACUUGCAACACGAUCAACCCGGGCCCCGUUGAUACCGACAUAUGGAACGAAACAUUGGGCAGAGAAAAGUUCCAGGCUACCAUUGAGGCAACCCCUGCAGCGGGGAGAAUCGGCACGGUCGAUGACAUUGUUCAGAUUGUGAAAUUCCUGGUCUCUGAGGAAGCUCGAUGGGUCACCGGGAAUACCACCUGCGCCAACGGCGGCAUGCUGUUUGACUGAUCGAUGUCGCAAGAAGAAGGCAAAGUGCUCGGACACCUCCUGAGAGUUGAAGAGAAUCAUCUUGAGUUAGUCACGACAUGAUGAGACAGAGAUCUAACAGGCGAGAAGGUUGUAGUGCCACAAGCUCACACCGAUGGGGAACUUGGGUUUGGGAUCUGUGAAAGCUGGAGAUUUACU